AUCCGGGGACAUGGGGGAGGCCCAGAGAUUUUGGGUCUGGGGGAGACCCAAAGAUGUGGUUUCCCAAAGGAAGACCUUUGGCUUUGGGGGCAGAACUUUGGCUCAGGGGGAGCCCCAAAGAUUUGGGGGGAGCUCAAGGAUUUAGGGAAGACCUUUGGCUGUGGGGGAGACCCCGAAGUUUUGGGGGAGACCCAAGGAUGUGGGGAAGACCUUUGGGUCUGGGGGAGACCCCAAGGUUUUGGGGGAGACCCAAAGAUGUGGGGAAGAUGUUUGGCUGUGGAGGAGACCCACGGGUGUGGGAGAGACCCCGAAGUUUUGGGGGAGACCCAAAGAUGGAGGGAAGACCUUUGACUUUGGGGGAGACCUUUGGGUCUGGGGGAGACCCUAAAGCUUUGGGGGAGACCCAAAGAUGGAGGGAAGACCUUUGGCUGUGGGGGAGACCCUGAAGUUUAGGGGGAGACCCAAAGAUGGGGGGAAGACGUUUGGCUGUGGGGGAGAUCUUUGGUCUGGGGGAGAUCCUAAAGCUUUGGGGGAGACCCAAAGAUGUAGGGAGGACCCAAGGAUGAAGGGAAGAGGCUUGGUUUUGGGGGAGACCCACAGGUGUGGGAGGGACCCCGAAGUUUUGGGGGAGACCCAAAGAUGGGGGGGAAGACGUUUGGCUGUGGGGGAGACCCCAAGGUUUUGGGGGAGACCCAAAGAUGUAGGGAAGACCCAAGGAUGUAGGGAGGAGGUUUGGUUUUGGGGGAGACCCACGGGUGUGGGAGGGACCCUGAAGUUUAGGGGGAGACCCAAAGAUGGGGGGGAAGACGUUUGACUGUGGGGGAGACCUUUGGCUGUGGGGGAGACCCCAAGGUUUUGGGGCAGAGCCCAAGAUGCAGAGAGGAGCUUUGGCUUUGGGGGAGGCCUUUUGCUGUGGGCUCCUCGCGACGCCUCACGGAGCCCCGCGGCCCUGAGGGACCCUUUGGGACCCCCGCCGUGACGCGGCCGCCCCCCCAGGUGACCGCAGUUACCCUCUGAAGACGUGGCUGAUGACCCCCAUCCUGUUCCCCUGCGGCCCGGCGGAGGAGCGUUACAACGCGCUGCACCACCAGGCCCUGGCCGCCCUGCGCCACACUUUGAGCCUCCUGAAACGGCGCUUCCGCUGCCUGGACGCGGCGGGGGGCUGCCUGCAAUACGCCCCCCAGAAGGUCUGCCAGAUCUUCCUGGCCUGCUGCGUGCUGCACAACAUCGCCCUGCGGCGCCGCAUGCCGCUCGAGCCCCCCGACGGCCCCGAGCCCGAGCCCGAGCCCGAGCUCCCCCUGCAGGCUCCGCACGUGCAGAUCUCCAGCGAGGCGCGGGCCGUGCGCGCUCGCAUCGUGCAGCAGGAUGCAGCUGGAAUGUGAGCCCCAAAGCCUCGGGGAUGUGCUCAGAGACACUGGGAACACGAGUGGGGCUGUGAGAGCCGAAAACCUCGAAGGAUGCAGCUGGGGAUGUGAG